AGAUUCUAUUUCAGAACGUCUGCUGUCGGACACGCUGCAGUCUUCACCAGCAGCUUUAAGAAUAGUGAAACAAAUGCGUCGUUUAAUCCCUCUAUCUGACACCACCGUGCUUUCAAACUUUCCGCUCAGAUCAACAGGUGAAGCGUAUCUGUAGGUGGUUUCAAGGUUUGUGUGACCUCUCCUCCUCCCCUCUGUGACCUCUGAACCCCGGUCGACCAUCUCCCCCCCUCCCCUCCCUGAGGUCAGACGGUGACCCAUGGCGCUGCAGAAGCUCCUGCGUUUCGGGAAACAGUUGCUGAGGGUGAAGGUGGUGGACUGUAACACGGAGGACUCCCAUCUGUGUCGAUGCCUCAACACUUUCGACCUGGUGGCCCUGGGUGUGGGCAGCACGCUGGGCGCUGGCGUCUACGUGCUAGCCGGCGCUGUUGCGCGAGAGAAUUCAGGUCCUGCUAUUGUGCUGUCUUUCCUUAUAGCAGCCUCAGCCUCGGUGUUGGCCGGUCUGUGCUAUGCUGAGUUUGGAGCCCGUGUUCCCAAAACCGGCUCAGCUUAUCUUUACUCCUAUGUGACUGUAGGGGAACUAUGGGCCUUCAUCACCGGAUGGAACCUCAUCCUCUCCUAUAUCAUUGGUACCUCCAGCGUGGCCCGAGCAUGGAGCGCCACCUUCGACGAGUUGGUAGGCAAACGCAUAGAGCAGUUCUGCAGAGAGUACAUGUCCAUGAAUGCACCGGGUAUAUUGGCGCAGUACCCUGACAUGUUUGCUGUCCUCAUCAUAAUCACACUCACAGGUCUGCUGACAUUUGGGGUCAAAGAGUCGGCGAUGGUGAACAAGGUUUUCACGUGCAUCAACAUCCUAGUCUUGUUGUUCAUGGUGGUCUCCGGCUUGGUCAAAGGUACAUUGAAGAACUGGCAGCUGGACCCUGAAGAGAUCCUACAUGCCAAUAAUAGCAAUAACUCCAGCCUCAAUCUUACAGACAUCCUUCCAACCAGAGAGAGUUUAGGAAAGGGCGGCUUCAUGCCGUUUGGUUUCACAGGCGUCCUGUCGGGAGCUGCUACCUGCUUCUACGCCUUCGUCGGAUUUGACUGCAUCGCCACCACAGGUGAAGAGGUGAAGAACCCUCAGAGAGCCAUCCCUAUCGGCAUCGUAUCCUCGCUGCUCAUCUGCUUUGUGGCGUACUUUGGCGUCUCUGCCGCCCUCACCCUCAUGAUGCCGUACUACCUGCUGGACAACAACAGCCCUCUGCCUGUCGCUUUCAACUACGUGGGCUGGGGAGGAGCCAAAUACGCCGUAGCUGUAGGCUCUCUCUGUGCUCUGUCUACUAGCCUGCUGGGUGCUAUGUUCCCCAUGCCCAGCGUGAUCUGGGCUAUGGCCGACGAUGGGCUGCUUUUCAAGUUCAUGGCUGAGAUCAGCUCCCGCACCAAAACCCCGCUAACUGCAACCCUCACCUCCGGCAUAGGGGCAGCUAUCAUGGCGUUUCUGUUUGACCUGAAGGACCUGGUGGACCUGAUGUCAAUAGGGACGCUGCUGGCCUACACGCUAGUGGCCGCCUGUGUCCUGGUGCUCAGGUACCAGCCCGAGCACCCCAGUGUGGUGUAUCAGAUGGCCAAUAUCCAGGAUGAGGUGGAGAUGAGCGACGGCAUCAGCGUCCCCAGUAUGGGCAUCCUGCCUGGUGUGGAGGAGAGGUUCAGCUUCAAGACCCUCCUGUUCCCAGAUAACCCCGAGCCGUCCACGCUGUCAGGCUUCGCUGUCAACAUCUGUACCUCGCUCAUGGGAACGUUGAUCCUGGUGUUCAGUGUGCUGGCAGUGCAGGGAGGCAUGGCUGCGUGGAACAUCGUAGCCCUCAGUGUCAUCUUCAUGGUGUGUCUCUUCCUCACCUUUAUCAUUGGGAGACAGCCUCAAAGCAAGACUAAACUUUCCUUCAAGGUUCCACUGCUACCCUUCAUUCCAGUGAUCAGCAUGUUUGUCAAUGUGUACCUGAUGAUGCAGCUGGACAGAGGCACUUGGAUACGGUUUUCUAUCUGGAUGGCUCUAGGUUUCGUGAUCUACUUCUGCUACGGCAUCCACAACAGCGCCGAGGCCGCUCUGGCCCGCUCGACUCCAGAGACGGAGAUGACGUACAAGCGUGAGUCAGAGGAGUCACCGGAAAAGGAGGCCUUCCUGCACAACGGCAUCGACCUCCUGGAAGACGACGAUGGAGAUUUGUAGGAUGCGUCAGAACAUACCGCGUACAUUUCGACCUCCUCUGACGCCAGUCGGUCUGUGUAAAGAGUACUAACUGGCAGCACUCUUUCACUUUUAGGGGAAAGUAAUGAUAAAUAACUUUGACCUAAAAUUCACAAACCCUGUGACUUUCCCUCUCGACUGCUGGGUAGAAAACUGGUGAUUAAUACUCAAAAGCAGAAGUUCAGUAUUUUGUAAUGAGCUUGUUGCCCCUUUUGCUUGGCCCUGAGCUUCAGCGGCUGGUUAUCGCUAGACUGUGUGAGGGGGGGAGGGCUCACGUUGGGGAAACAUCUCUGUUUCAGGGGAGUUGAGUUGAAGUCUGGGUUACAUUGCUGGCAGUAGGACCGUGUGCACAUGUGUAACAGCUUUCGUCUGUGUGCCAAAAAAGUUCAACAGUAAUGCAUUUUUUUGUUCUGUGAAAACAUAACUACUGUAUAUAUCGCCAUAAUUAAAAAAAAUCAGAUAACACGGUCAUUAUUUAAUACAGAUUGGUACCCUAGCUACAUUCUCUUGAACCUGCCAACUCUUAUGUAAGUGAUGUUGAAAUGCUGCUCUAACGGUCCCCCCUGACCAAUGAGAGUUUGCACAAUACACUGCAACACACUUGUCAAUGAUAUAAUUACCCCUGUUGACCAGCAGAAAAGGAUGGUCGGGCUAAUGGCCGUGCAAACAGCACAAGUGGGCCAGCGGGGAGCUGUAGCAUGAGUCCAGUUUUAGCUCUGAAGGAUUUUAUUGAUACCAUCUGAGGUCCUGGGUUUUUACUUGCAAAAGUGAAAUCCUGGCAUCAUAUUGUGGUUAUACAGUACGGUUCUAACGCAGGCGUAUGUCUUAGCAAGACGCAGUCAUUCUGGCUGCAAAUUAUCAUGCAGAAACUGUAACAAGACAACUGUUGGACAGUUUCUCACUGUGAGAUACAGAGAUUAAAGGAGCAUUUUAAAUUCAAACCAUGUGACUCGUAAUAGUUUAGCUGAUAUCGGAUUUGAAUAAUGACAGAAUAUGCUGUCUUAUUUGGGAUAUUUGCUUGGUAAAUGAAUGGAAUCUGGUUUGUGAAUCCUGGUGAAGACACUGACAGAUGCUGAAUGUCAGUUAAUGUAACUAAAUUAGAUGAUAGUGGACUUUCACAGUGCUGGCUGCUGUGUCUUUUUUUUGCAUCUGUAGCUUGUAAAAUUUAGCUUCUCCUUUCAAAACAUAAUACAGGCUGACUUUUGUUUUUUCUUAAAAAUGUUCAAUUUGGAAGAAUGUAUUUGUUCUCAAUUUAUUUUACGCCUUUUCUCACGUUUCUCAAUGUCUUUUUAUUACCCACGGUCAUUUCCAGACUGUUCAAGUUAAUAUUUACAAUUAAGUGAAAGAUUAUGAAGACUUUGAUCACGUAGAGUUUCGCCAAACUUGUACAUUUAUUUACAGCAUUUUUUUUUGUUUGUUAUUAAAAUAUAUAAUGCUUUUAGAUACGUUUUCUCUUUUCACAAACAUAAAAAGAGUACGCCACUGAUGGAGCAUUCUUCUCCCUUGUCAAAACCUGGCCUACAUUACCCACAGUGCAACUCCGACAGUUCAGUUGGAGAUUCAGGUGUGUUAUGCUAGUAGCUUAUGUAGCCUUGAGCCGCUGGCGUAAAGCAAAGAUGAGGAAUGGGCUAAAGAGGUCUGGUUAUCUAACUUUCUUCUAUUUUUCACCCUCAGAUUUAUUUCAUUUUCAAACUUCUUCAGACCCAACCGACGUUGACUCAAGUGACAUCACGUGAGGCAAUUUAUCAGAGUUAUACAACUUUGUACACAGUAGUAUUCCCCAAGACCUGUAAACAGACUGUUGUGUGUAAUAAUAGUGGAGUUCCCCUUUAAUGAAUAUUCAUCAUUUAAAUGCAGACUCUGCAUCAAUAGUUCUAUCAUGUUCUCACUAGGUUUUAACCCUUAAGUGCGUUCACUGUGGUUUCGUGAGUCCUUUACGACAAAGUAGCUGUCUAUAAGUAUAGUCUAUAAUCAACAUUGUGUAUAUAAGAUAUUGUUUAUAUUUCUUGCAGUAAAUUAUUUGUAAAUCGGAGAAGGGCUUUUGUUAUGUUGCCCUAUUUGUGUCCGACAUUGUGUUUCUUAUAUUGUGUUUACAUGAUCAGUGCAACUCACUUUAACCUCAGGGUUGGCAAAAUCACUGCCUUCACCUUCUUUUGUUAUAACCAUUGAUGCCUUAUUAACAAAAACAGUGCAGUUGUAACACUACAAUAUGGGAUAUUGGCAUGACGGUGGCAGAAACAAGUUAUUUGGGGUCAUAGUGUAAUAAUAAUGUGAAGUCACAUUCAAGCAUCACUUUUGUCAACCGUGCAUGACUGACUUUUCCAAGGGCUUUAGUUAUUGGUGUACUUAACACGUUAAUAUACCUUGUUGACGAAGCAAUCAUGCUGAAAUUCAGCAAUAUCUUCUUUUUUUUGAUAAUUUUAUUACAAACGUGCAGUUUCACAGAUCGUCAAAACACAUGUCAAAUCCCAUUUCCCAUAAUUUUUUAUGUUUCAAAGAAAUGUACUUUUGCACAGUACAACAAUAUUAUAACAGCAAUUCAACUGAUCCAUGUUUUAACUUACAGUCUCUUUGUUAGUUUUGAAUAUACAAAGGGAUUCAUUUGUAUUUCAAAAUCUAGUACUUGUUUUUUCUUCAUGUCAUGCCAAACCUCAGUGUUUACUUCUAAAAGAAGUACUAUAUGUCCAUACACAUGGAUAAAUAGAUAAAAGAAGGAGCUUCUUUCUCCUUUGAUGCUGCUUUAAACCCAUGCUGACCUUCCCUUUACAUAAUGCGUGUCACAUAAUAAGGCUUUUGAUGUUUCAAAUCCAUCACCAGUGUUGAUGACCGGCUGCUUCGUGUUUAUGUCGUUUUGCAGUGAUCUCAUCUCUCUCACUUUCCCCUUUUCUUUUUGCUUGCCUUUUCCGUGGUCGUUGUUGGCUUCCAGUGUGUUUGAAAACUGUGUAAAUGUUGAAAAAGCAUAAAAACAGUCUGUAUGUUUGGGUCUCAUCAAACGGUUUCUCAUUUUGUUAUUCAUCACUGGCUUCAUUAGCUUUUUUAUGGAGCUUUCAAUCGCAUCUCACAGCCUUCUUCAACUGUCAGUGUAUUAAUGCCAACAACAUGGACCAGAAAGUGGUCAAAGUCCCAUACCCCAUCCGCUGAGGAAGACCAUGAGAUGAGAGAUGAGAGAAAUCUCCAGAAAAGGCUUUUUGUCAAAGUGCAUUCUGGUGUUGUAUAUAUUUUCAGGUAUGCACCUGCAGCCUAUAUUUACAUGUGAUGGCUUCCAGAUCUUACAAUGUUAAACAACUGCCUGGCUGUUCCUAACAAAGAAAAAAAGAGAAAUUGUCAUUUAUUGUUAUAUAAUAUAAAUAUUAUAUAUAUUUUUGGGAUUGGGAAUUUCUUUGCUUUGGCACCAUCUACUGGUAGUAUCAGGACCGACCUGACCCAGGAAUACUGAGAAUGAGGGUCUGAAAGCAACAAAAACUUCACAAAAAAAUCCCACACUAAACUUUAACACCAGUGUCAUGUGACAUGUAGGUUAAAUAGCAGACAUUCGUUCCUAUCAGUUAAGAAUGCCUGUAUUGUUUUUGCUUGUCUCCUUGUCCUUCUUUUUGUUAAACUCUGUGUAUGUUCCUGUAAAUAAAUCAAGCUUUUCAACAUCCA